GUCUGUCUGGAGCAGUCACUACAUGUUCCCCCUCCAGUUCACGUCAGUUCAAGGUGAACGCCCACUGACAGAUGUUGGGAAACAUUCAGUUUAAGUAUGUUGACUGUUUUUUUAGGGGAAAAGAGGGCUGGACAUGAUGAUGCACACAGAGCAUGAAAGUGAAAGUGCAGAAGGAGAAAGCGGGCUGUGUUUUAACACUCAUCAUGAUCGUUUUUUGUGUUAGUGUCCUUCUCUUUCCCGUGUGUGGGUCAGUGUCAUUGGCUGGAUGGGUGCAGUCACCUGGACAUCCACGAGGGUAUGAUCCCCAUUCCAACCUGACUUGGAAAAAGUGUGCUCCAACUGGACACAAAAUCACACUCACUCUAAUACAUUUGGACCUAGAAGAAAGCUUUGAGUGUGAGGAUGACACCUUGAAGUUAUUUGCAGAUGAGGUGCUUCUUUUCAAUAUAUGUGGACACAAGUCCAUGAAGGAGCUGCAGACGUCUGUCAACGCUUUCCUCCACUCUUCCCCUGGUGGUUGUCUCUCUGUUUCAUUUCUUGCAGACUACUCAAACACUGAGAGACACACUGGAUUUCGAGGCUUUUACACAGGAUGUUAAUGAGUGUAUGGACCCUGAAAAUGAGUGCACCCAACUCUGCAAUAAUUACAUUGGAGGUUAUCGCUGUUUCUGCAGACCAGGUUACAUCCUUGACUCUGAUAAGCACACCUGCCAAGUUAGCUGCAGUGAAGAUUGCACAGGCUCACAAGAAGGUGUGUUGAUGUCACCUGAGUGGCCUGGGCCGUACCCAGAAAACUCUGUGUGUUCUUACACUCUGGCCAUAGAAGAAGGUCUGCAGUUUGAGCUGAUGUUCACUGGGGUGUUUGAUGUGGAAAUGAAACAGAAUGGAGAGUGCAUCGACUCAUUAACUAUAAAACUUCUCUCUGGUGACGUUAAGACAUUUUGUGGAAGGGAUGUCCCUUCGUCCCUGCUCACAAGGUCUCAACGUGUUGAGAUUAUCUUCAGGACAGACCAUAAAGGAGCAAACCGAGGGUUUAGCCUCUAUUACAAAACAAGAGGGAUGAAAUGUACUGGACCUGUGACACCAAAAUCUAGUCUGUACCCGCAGGAUUCUGAAUAUCCCACAGGCUACAAAGUUACAGUGAAAUGUGACAAAGGACAUGUAUUGAAAUCACAUGAAUCAGCUGAGGUUGAGUAUGAGGCCACAUGCCAGAAGAAUGGACAGUGGAGUCCUGUUAUCCCCUGUGAACCUGUGGAUUGCGGCAUUCCAGAGCUUCCUGAAUUAAUGGAACUAUCAGAAAAAGAUCCUCCAACAACGUAUCUGAACCAGAUCAGUCUUAAGUGCGAAAAUGUAUAUUAUCAACUGGAUAAAAAUGGUAAUUUUACCUGUAAUGCUGAGGGUAACUGGGUGUCUGAGAGUGGUCAACAAUUAACAGAAGAUUUGCCUAAAUGUGAACCAGUGUGUGGAAUUAAUACAGAGGCCUCUAUUGGUGGCAGAGUCUUUGGUGGGAAGCCAGCAUUAUUGAAACAGAUUCCCUGGAAGCUCUUUCAUAGGGAAAGUCCCAGAGGUGAUGCAUCUUUAAUUAAUGAUUAUUGGGCUGUAACAGCAGUCCACGUAGUGGAUGGAUAUGAAAAAAACACCAUGAAUUGGUUAGGGGGAAUCAUUGAUGGUAAAAGCCAAAAUCCAGUCACUAUGGAGACUGAGAAGAUAAUAAUUCACCCAAAUUAUCAGCGAGUUGGUACUGGUUCUCCAUCUAACUAUGAUUAUGAUAUUGCACUCAUGAAAAUGACUAAAAGGGUGCCUAUAGGCCCAAACAUCAGGUCAGUGUGUCUACCAAACAAAACUGAUGAACCUGAGGCAGAGGAUACAAUCUCAGGUUUUGGAAGAUAUGAAAAAGGAAUUAGUAGAUAUCUGCUUCAUGCACCUGUCCAGAUAUAUCCACUUGAUGAAUGUGAUUCAGUGGGUUUGCCUGUCACUGAUAACAUGAUCUGUGCUGGAGGAGACCACGUAGACAGUUGUCAAGGAGACAGUGGAGGUCCUUUGUUUUCUCCUGUUCUGGGCUAUGGGUCUCCAGACAAGCCUUAUCAUCUUACAGGCAUUGUAUCUUGGGGUCCUAUUGGAUGUGGGAAUAAAAGCUUUAAGGGCUUCUAUACUAAAGUUCAAAACUACCUGGAUUGGAUCAAGGAAACCAUGGGAAAAAACUAACAUCAAAUCACAAAAAUACACCAAUUGUUAAUUGUAAUACACACCAAUAAAGUUAUUAACUGCUGUAUCUGUUUGAUGUAUAGGCAUCUGCUAUUUCCAUGAAUAAUUCAGAAUUUUGAAACUUUUAUAUGAAGUUGUUUUAUAC